UCACAUGCUUCUUUAUUCAUUAUCGAUGUUGGCUAAAAGGCUCCGCGUCACUGCCAAAGGAUUGGAGGCCUCGAGGGGUGCCCGUCGCGCAUCUUCACGAGCACAGAGCCGCGGUGAAUAGACUGGUUUCGAUACCGGAUACCAACCUGUUCGCGAGUAGUUCCUCCGACGGAUGCAUCAAGAUUUGGGACGCCAGUAAGAUGGAGGGACGAAAUAUCGCUAAUCGUUCUAGGCAUGCGUACAUGCACAGAGGAGGCCCGCUGGUUGGCUUAACUGUAUGCGACCAAGGGCAAUCUUUAGCGAGCUCGGCGAGCACGUCCGGAACGGUAUUCGUACUUCGGAUCGAGCCAAACUCUAGUAAAAUGAGCCUGAUCGGCACUCGUCAAUUGGAUAUUCAGGAGGAAGGACCUGCUGUCGAUCUUCAGUAUCUAGAUUCCGGCUCGCAAUCGGUUCUUGUGUACGCCUCGUUGUACGGAUUUCUGGUAGGUUGGGACCUACGAUGUCCCGGCACAACGUGGCGCUUGGAAAACGACUUGAAGCACGGAGUCAUCACGUCGUUUUGCGUGAACAGUCAUCAGCAGUGGCUGACCCUCGGCACGAGCUCCGGUAUCCACACCUGCUGGGACUUGAGGUUUCAACUGCCGAUAACGAGCAUCAAGCAUCCGACAG